CGCACCUCGUACCUCGCACCUCCCCUAGCAUGAUCGUUCCGCUCGUUAACACCCAGCGGAUGAGAGUGCAGCUGCCGCAUCGGCAAUUCCAACCCGCUAAUUCGACCCGACUUCGCUGAACGCUCCCGAGGAUUCACGGUCGCAGAUAAUAAAUAAGAGGAAGAAACAGGAACAGAAACAGGAACAGAAACAGAAACAAAGCAGAACAGAACAAACCAUAUAGAACCCAGACAACCCAAGACAAGAUGGCGUCGGAAGGUCUGCUACAGACCAGUCUGAUCUGGGUCGCGUACGCCGUCGCCAUCGUCCUCGUUCUCAUCGUCUCCGUUAUCACCACCCUCACCUGGCAGACGCCGCACGAGCGAUCCGUCGCCGUCAGCACCGUCUCCGUCCUCAGCCUGACCGCCCUCCUCGCUACCGUCUUCCUCCUCCCCGUCGACAUUGCGCUCGUCUCGUCUACCUCCUCUGCCCACCUUGGCGCCAAGAAGGACUGGGCCACGCCCGAGCGCGUCGAGGGCAUCCUCCUGACGCUCAAGAUCGUCUACUACACGCUCUACACCCUCGAUGCGCUGCUGUGCCUGGUCGUCAUCCCCUUCACCUACUUCUGGUACGAGGAAUACGAUGAGGUCGAGGAGGAGGAGGGAACCAGCAGCCCGGGCAAGCGCCUGUGGCGGGCCUUCAAGUACACUCUCGGCUUCGUCUUCCUCGUCGUCGUCCUCUUCCUCAUCGGCUUCUUCGUGCCCGCCGCCGGCAGAGACGCGGGGAGGCACGUGGACCUGGACUACUUCAAGCGCCUGCUCGCCGAGAAUAACGGGGAGAAGGCGCUCACCUUCGGCGUCGGCCUGCUCAUGACCCUGGGCACCCUGCUCUACGUCGUCUACACGGGCUCCGGCCUCGCCCUCCUCCCCAUCUCGUUCAUCAAGUCGGCCCCGUCCAUCUCGGCGCCGCAGCUGUCGGCGACGACGGCGUCCGCCCUCGAGCGCAACCGCGAGCUCCAGCGGCAGCUCGAGAUGCGCAACGCCGGCCGCCCCGGCGGCAUGUCGCAGAAGGACAGGAGGGAGAUGGACGCGCUCCUGCGCGAGGAGCGGACCCUCGUCCGCCGCGAGCGGCUGGCGGCCGAGGCGCGCGGCGACGGCCGCGGCCGCAUCUACCGGGCCUGGACCAAGGUGCAGGCCGUCUUCCGCCCGCUCAAGCUCCUGGGCGGCAUCCUGCUGCUGCUCGUCGCCCUGCUCGUCUGGGUGUCGAUGCUCAUCACCGGAAUCGACAAGGCCGCCAACUCGGUCUGCAAGCAGCACUGCGGCUACAUCCUCGGCCACCUCAACGUCUUCCAGCCGGCCAACUGGAUUCUCGUCCAGUCCGCCCGCGUCUUCCCCGUCGACUACGUCCUCACCGCCCUCCUGGUCCUCCUCUUCUUCAGCAGCUCCGUCACGGGCCUGGCCGCCGUCGGCAUCCGCUUCCUGUGGGUGCGCGUCUUCCAGCUCAAGAAGGGCCGCACCGCGCCCCAGGCCCUCCUCGUCGCCACCGUCCUCCUGGCCCUCACCGUCCUGGCCAUCAACUACGCCGUCGCCAUGCUCGUCGCCCCGCAGUACGCCACCUACGGCACCCAGACGUUCUGCGUCGCCAGCGGCAGCGGCGUCCUAGUCCCCUCGCGGGCGGACUGCCGCGGCCACCCGGACAUGGUGCGCCCCUGCUCCGAGCUGGCGCGCGAGCCCUCCGCCCGUGACGUGUGCACGCCCACGGUCGUGUCGACCUUCUUGAACCGCGUCACCCUCGGCUGGCCCGUCUUCGGCGCCGUCGCCUUCUGGGCCCAGUUCGCCUUCCUCGCCGUCUUCCUCGUCGUCUUCGCCACCAGCCUCUUCCGCACCCCGAGGCUCGACCUCAGCGAGCUCGACGAGGAGGCCGAGGUCGACGAGGAGGAGGGCCUCCUGGCCAGCACGCGCCGGCGGUUCGGCGCCACGUGGGGCGACAUCACUGGCCGGGCGAGCGGGACAGCUGGCGCUGGCGGCCAGAAUGAGGAAGGAGGAGCUGGUUACGGCACGGUGGGGAGCGGGAGCGGGAAUGGCAACGGUUCCCGGUCAAGGACUUAAAAGGGUAGGGUAGGCUACGGUAGGGGGUAUCGUUGGCGGUGAUGGUAAUGGAAUAUGAGAGGGGAAGGAAACGAAAGGGAACCAAAACAAAAAAAAAAGAAGAAGAAAAAAGGGAAAGAUGGGCAUGGGAUUGGGUACCACGGGGCGGAAUGCUUAUGGAUUACUGAGCUCUCUCUCUCUCUCUCUCUCACACACACACUCUCUCUCUUCGACGCCAAGAUUGU